AUGGAGCCUCUCCCCUCCCAUCGCCAGUUGAUUACAUCUCUCAUAAGUUCCGUCUCUAAUAUCGCACCAUCUACCGGCGCAGAAGACAUAUCAUCAGCGCAGCCACUUCGGGCCGCUCAACAACCCACAUUAUCACCGUUGAAAGUCAUUUCACCCUCUCAACGGCCUCUACUAUUAACUCUCCAUGUGCUGUUUCCAACUCUUCUACUCCCAGCGCUGGAUCUUCUCGAUCGGGGACUCGUUAUUAGGCUAGUGCGAAAUGAAGAGCUUCAAGAUGGGAUUUCAUCAGAUAAGAUAAAGAACGACAUGUUUCUCGUUCGAUCACUCGCUACGACACUUUCACGCCGCACUCGAGACUUCAGUUCACCGUCCAAGCGCUACGUUGUGCAUCUUGAUGCGUGGAAUUGUACAUGUCCGAGCUUUACGUUAGAUGCUUUCCCAGCUCAUGCUCAUGCUGUCUCAACAACGAACCAAGUACAGCAAUUACCAACUGAAGAUGGGGAGUGGUCCUUUGGAGGCAUGAGUAUGGAUCUACGGGGAGAUGCGCCUCCAUGUUGCAAACACCUACUCGCAUGCUUACUUGUGGAUAAGUGGUCAGAAAUGCUUGGGAUGUAUGUUGAGGAUCGGGUUGUAUCAAAAGAUGAAAUGGCUGGUAUCGUAGCCGACUUGUAA